AUGAAAAUUCAAUAUAAAAUUCAAAAUAAUAUACCAAUCACAACAACGAAAUCAAAAGUAAGUAUUAUAUACUUAUAUAUAUUUUUUUUAAAAUUUUAUUUAGCUCAAUAUGAAAUUCAAAAUAAUAUACCAAUCGCAACAACGGAAUCAAAAGUUAAUAUGAAGUUGAAAAUAAAAUUUCAAUAUGAAAUUCAAAAUAAUAUACCAAUUGCAACAAUGGAAACAAAAGUUAGUAUGGAGUUCAAAAUAAUAUGUGAAAACGAACCAAUUGAUGAUAGUACCACAACAGGUCGUCAUAUCACAGCAAGUUCACAUACCACAACUGGUCCUGAUGUAACAACUGCUCAUGAUGAUCAUAAUUCUGAUAAAGAAAAUGAAUUUAAUGAACUUGAUGAAUUUGAUUUUUAA